AAGAAAAAAACCUUCCUCUGAGAGAGAGAGGUUUUAGGUUGUUCUGCUCAAAGCGAUACAGUUAACUCCUCUGUGGCCCGUUAGGGUUUCUGUCAUCUCCCUCCAUCGCGUCGCCUCGCCACAUCCAAUCCGCCAUGGACAGGUACCAGAAGGUCGAGAAGCCCAAACCCGAAUCACCCAUCAACGAAAACGAGAUCCGAAUCACAAGUCAAGGCGCCAUUCGAAACUACAUCACCUAUGCCUCUACAUUGCUCCAGGAAAAACGUGUCAGAGAGAUUGUCUUAAAAGCAAUGGGGCAGGCAAUCAGUAAAGCAGUGGCUAUUGCAGAAAUUUUAAAGAAGAGAAUAUCACGGUUGCAUCAAGAAACAGCAAUCAGCUCAGUAAGCAUCACUGACGUAUGGGAACCCAUUGAAGAAGGUCUUGUACCGGUGGAGAUGACUCGUCACGUCUCAAUGAUUUCAAUUACCUUGUCCAACCGAGAGCUAAAUAAAAAUUCUCCGGGAUAUCAAGCUCCACACUUUGUGGAACAGCCAAAGCAACAAUAUAACAAUCAGCAGCAGCAGCUGCAACCACAGCCCAGACAACCUCGUACUUAUCACAAUGCUGUUAAUGAAGAUCCAUAUGGCCAAGGCAGAGGGCGUGGUAGAGGGAGAGGGCGUGGUUGGGGAAGAGGUGGAUAUGGAAACUAUCAAGGUGGAUACGGCAACUAUCAAGGUGGAUAUGGACACUACCAAGGUGGUUAUGGCCACUACCAAGGUGGACCUGACAACUACCAAGGUGGACCUGGAGGAUAUUAUCAAGAUAAUGGUGGGUACUCAAAUUGGGGAAGAGGAGGUGGGCGGAGUAGAGGAGGCUGGGCCUAUCGCGGAGCUGGAUACGAAAGAGGCAGAGGUGGAGGGGGUAGAGGUUAUGGCCGGGGACGGGGGCGGAUGGGAGGCCGAACAAGGGGCGGCAGUGGCGGUGGCGGUGGAGACCAGGCUUAGUUGAAACGUAUUGGUUAUUUUGUCCCAACCUCGACCUCUUACUUGAGCUCAAUGCUUGCCUUGGCCAGUGGGAUGAUCUUAUCACAUAUUUGUUUUGAUAGCUUGAAAUUCGGGUUUUUUUACAAAUUUCCAGCGUUGUUAGGCAGUGUCUGUCUUCUUCCUUUUUCCUUUCUGAUAAUAUGUGGGAUGCAGCAGCAGCAUUGUAUUUGUGGGCAGGGUUGUCCUUUGGUUCAUGUUUUUGCGUUCAGCUGAGAGCAAUCAGUUUAUUGUUAUUAAUGUAAUUCGUUUUACCAUUGUCUUCUCCAAA